UUGGGAGAGACUGCACAAGAAGAUCGAUGGGAUCCUCGAUCACAUCAUUGCAGAACACAAGGAGAAAUUGAAGGGAAACGGUGGGAACAAUGAGGAAAAUAAUGCAAGAGAAGAUCUUGUGGACGUGCUCUUGAAUCUCCAGAAGAGUAGUGAAACGAACUACUUCAUCAAGCCACACGUCAUAAAAAAUAUUGUCAUGGAAAUAUUUUCUGCUGGGUCAGACACAUCCUCGACGACCAUAGAGUGGGCCUUCUCGGAGAUGCUGAGGAACCCCCGAGUGAUGGAGAAGGCGCAGGCCGAGGUCCGAGCCGUCCUCAAGGGAAAGACCCAGGUCCGGGAGCAGGACAUCCAGGGCCUCGAGUACCUGAAGCAUGUCGUCAAGGAGACCCUGAGGAUGCACUCGCCGGGCCCGCUCAUGGCCCGAGAGUCGCGAGAGGCGUGCACGAUCAACGGCUACGAGAUCCCCAAGAAGACCAAGAUUGUGAUCAACACGUACGCAGUGGGGAGAGACCCCGAGUUCUGGUCUGACCCCGAAUCGUUUGUGCCUGAGAGGUUCCUGAACUCAUCGGUUGAUUUCCGAGGGUCGAGCUUUGAGUACAUACCCUUCGGUGGCGGGAGGAGGAUCUGUCCCGGGAUCAACUUCGGGAUUGCAAACAUCGAGCUCCCCUUGGCUCAGCUCUUGUACCACUUCGAUUGGUCUCUGGCCGAUGGGGUUAAGGCGCAAGACCUGGACAUGUCUGAGACUUUCGGGAUCACUUCCAGGAGGAAGACUCCCUUGAUCAUGGUUGCUGAGCCCUGCGUCCCCUUCUCGUACGGUGGAGAUCAUGAUAAGUAG